AGCUUGUUUAUCGGCCGGAUUACUGUGAUACGAGGUCAGUCUUUUGAGAAGAUGUCGGCUGUAUUGAAUCGGUAUUGUACACUACCGUAGUAAGACUAUUGAUUUGAGCUGGUGUGUUUUUACACGUGUGUUGUAUUGUUAGAGGACAUCGAUCGUGUGCAAUGCCUCGUCCAUGUACACGUGUUUGGGUUCACACUAGCUGCACUUAGUACUGACACCAGCCUGAAAAGCGUCAAAAAGAGUAGUAAUGUAUGUUGAAGUGAAAUCACAUUGACUUCAAGGAAAGAUGGAGGGAGACGUGAAGUCAGAAGAAGACGUGAAGUCAGAAGGAGACGUGACCCAGAUAGCUGGCGAUGACGUAUGUGAUGCGCCUUUCCUGCCCUACAAAGCAGAAGAAGAAUUCAACAAACCCAGGCAACAUCGCGCUUUUGUCGAGAAAGUCAUGUAUACAGCAUUCUUGUGUUCAGCAUUCUUCGUUUUUGGUUGGACCUAUGAACAGAUGGGCCCUGCUCUACUGGAUCUCCAGUACAACACCGACGUGACCUUCACCUUGGCCUCCGUGUACAUGACGGCAGUCAACAUCGCCCAUAUCGCGGGCUCUCUCGGGGCCAGCGUCAUGUAUGGCCGAUUGCCCACCACUCUCAUCCUUGGGGUCAGUAUUUUAGGCGUAUCUGCAGCUAUGGCAGUCAUUCCCUGGUGUGAAGAAUUUCUUCCCAUGCUGUUGGGGCACAGUGUCCAGGGCCUCUUCGGAGGCAGUGUGGAUUCCGUGGUCCUUGCGGAAAUGCUGUCUUUGUGGGGAUCCGAUUCGGAAUCACCUAUGCAGGCUCUAUACUUUUCUUUCGCGUUCGGUGCCAUAUUGUCUCCCCUUGUCGUCACUCCAUUUCUCCGUAACAGUAGGGGCGAGGGCGCCACAGGAGGCUUGGAAUCUCAGGGUACCACUCCGCUUGUUACGUUCAAUGACACAGCAGGAUUUCUGUCAACGAUCAAGGAAAACGCUUUAAAUGUGUCUCCCUAUGGAUAUGCUUCCAUGUCAACAAACACCACGAGUGUGACCAAUAUUUCAUCGAUUACGUCUAUACAACAAGCCAAAAAUAUAACUGCAUAUGUUAAUUUGACGUGUAUUCAGUAUACGAACGUCACUUUCCCAGAUUGUUAUACCGAGAUGUUGCCCUCUCGGUAUUCCUCGGACCUUUACAUUCCAUACAGUAUUUCAUCAGGACUUUGUCUUCUCGUGUCACUCCCGUUUCUUGUCUUUUUCUCCCUGACAUUGAUGAAGAAAUUCAAAGUGUCGUAUAUCGACGAUGAAACACGCAUCACUAAAACGUUGUCAAAUAAGCUUAAAAUAGUGACGUUGCUGGUGACUGGUGUCAUUUCCGGUAUAGACACAGCUAUGGAGGAUGCGUACGGCGACUUCCUCACGGCCUUCUGUGUGUCGCAGAUGGGAUGGACGAAACAAAACGGUGCUAUAGCAACCUCGCUUUUCCACGGGUCGUUCGCCUUUGGUCGAUUUGUAGGUAUUUUUCUUGCAAUGUGCUUUAAACCUUUACAGUUAGUACUAGCACACAGUUUUCUCCUUAUUGGUGUCAAUGGUGUUUUCAUUGUCAGCGGAGUGUACGGGUUCGGGGAGGGGGUUUGGGUAUGUAGUGUACUUGCGGGUAUUGGAAUGUCAGUUAUUUCUCCCUCUAUAUUCACACUGACAGAGGAAUCGUUUUUCCCGGUUACGGGGAGGAUAGCGUCAUACUACGUCAUCACAGCAUGUCUGGGCUCGGCCAUCAACUCGGUCCUGAUAGGGUACCUGAUGGACACCUGGUCACACAUGUACAUGUUGUAUGUUCUGUGCGCUGAGGGGUUGCUCAUCUUUUUCAUGGCAUUGGUAUGUAAGGUUAUGUUAAGUACAUGCUAUAAGGAGGUGACCAAAGUCCCAGCUAUUGAUAAUGUGGACACAGAAGACGCGUUGUGAUCUCGACCAUUUUACGUGAUAUUCUAUAUUUAAAGAAUUCACCAUAUACAUUGUGCAUCUAGGUCAAAUCCGAGUAAUGUCACGUCCUCAUUGCGCAGGUCGGGGUAGUGACAACAAAACAAUAAUAGGUAUAAACAAACCAUCGACCUUAAUAUUACACAAAGUAAUAGAUUGUCUUCAAUAAGAUCAUAAAUCUUGUCAAUACUCUUUAUCAACCUGCAUCAGGGAAAUCAGAAAUUAUAUUAUUUCGUCAGUUAUUAAAUGAUAAUGUUAAGCUGCACUUUCGAUGUAAACUUUAAAGACGCCAUCUCACGUAUUCUUUUUCAGAUGAGGUGGCAGUUACCAUUUAGUGGUUUAGAAUAAAUACUCUGUGCUUGACAGAAGUUAUACUGCAAUCAACAAUUCAGACAAAAGACUAAAUCCUGUAAUAACUCAUUAUAUUUAAACGCCUAGUCAGUAUUAUAGGAACAGAUGUCAUACAUCAUAGAGUUUAUUUGUGGUUUUUUUAUGAUUUUCAUCAGUAUUUUUAUGCGAUUUGGUUGUUUAUGAAUAUUCUAAUAACUUUGAACACUUGAACUAUACAAUUUGAAUAAAACAUUUGAGUACACGUCUUGCUUAUUGCAAGCGGUCAGAGAAGAUGUUUAAGUUAAUGAGUUUUAUAUCGUCAUAAAUGUUCGAAACAUGCAUUUCACAACAAUAAAGAAAACGCGA